CCUCACCUGCCCCUCCUCCUGUCCCCCCGUCUGAUCCGAAGCCAAACGGGCAUCACCCUACGCCUAGUUCGACCCCUAGAAUGUCUAUAUGUUCCCGGACUACUAUGGUGACAUCGAUGGACAACACCUCCAGCGGUCUACACUCCGUCAUGAAGUGGAAGACAGUCUUGGCCAUCUUCGUGGUGGUGGUGGUCUAUCUGGUCAGCGGAGGCCUCGUCUUCCGAGCUCUUGAGCAGCCUUUUGAAAGCAGCCAAAAAAGCACGAUCGCCCAAGAGAAGCUGGAUUUCCUGCAGAUGCACCCGUGCGUUUCCCAGCAGGAGCUGGAGGCCCUCAUUAAGAAAGCCAUUGAUGCUGACAACGCCGGCGUCAAUCCUAUUGGGAACUACUCGAACAGCAGCAGCCACUGGGAUCUGGGUAGCUCCUUCUUUUUUGCGGGGACGGUGAUCACUACCAUAGGUUAUGGGAACAUUGCACCCAGCACAGAAGGCGGGAAGAUUUUCUGCAUCCUAUAUGCUAUAUUCGGAAUACCUCUCUUUGGUUUCUUGUUGGCUGGUAUUGGAGACCAACUGGGCACCAUUUUUGGCAAAAGCAUCGCGAGAGUGGAGAAAGUCUUUAGGAAGAAGCAGGUGAGUCAGACCAAGAUCCGGGUCAUCUCCACCAUCUUGUUCAUCGUGGCCGGGUGUCUGGUGUUCGUCACCAUCCCGGCCGUCAUCUUCAAACAGAUCGAAGGCUGGUCGGAGCUGGAGUCCAUUUAUUUUGUGGUUGUUACACUAACGACUGUUGGCUUUGGGGACUACGUGGCAGGUGGGAACACAAAUAUAAUGUACCGGGAGUGGUACAAGCCGCUGGUGUGGUUCUGGAUCCUGGUUGGUCUCGCGUACUUUGCCGCUGUCCUCAGUAUGAUUGGUGACUGGCUUCGAGUGAUAUCAAAGAAAACUAAAGAAGAGGUGGGAGAAAUCAAGGCACAUGCUGCAGAGUGGAAAGCCAACGUGACGGCCGAAUUCAGAGAGACGCGAAGGCGCCUGAGUGUAGAGAUCCACGACAAGCUCCAGAGGGCAGCCACCAUCAGGAGCAUGGAGCGCAGGCGGCUGGGGCUCGACCAGAGAGCUCACUCUCUUGACAUGCUGUCCCCAGAAAAACGCUCAGUGUUCGCAGAGCUGGAGAACGGGCGCUUCAAGGCGUCCUCCCAAGAAAGCAUAAACAACAGACCCAACAACCUAAGACUAAAGGGGAUUGAGCAGUUCAACACUUUACAUGGCCAAGGCCUCUCCGAAGACAAUAUCAUCAAUAAGUUUGGAUCCACCUCGUCCAAGUUGACCAAAAGGAAAAACAAGGACCUGAAGAAGAACCUGCCGGAGGAUGUAGGGAAGAUUUAUGAGAACUUCCGAAAAUACUCGGUGGAUGAAGGGAAGAAGGAGGACGGCAAGGGCGAUAGGAUGUCCACCUCAGACACGGCGACUCUCUCUGACUUCAUCCAGCACUCCAUCAUAGAGAACGGCUCAGUCCCCUGCGAAACCAAAGAUGAGGAACACGAGAACAAAGCAUUACUUGAAGAAGGAAACUAAUGGGGCAACCCUGAGGAUCAUUGCUCUGUCAUGGCACAACCAAGCUGAGGGCUGCAAUGUGGGACGGACCUUUGACUUUCUAUCUCCACUCUGGAGCCCAAAGUUCGUUUGUAUUUUGACUCAGCAGUAACCUUUGACCCCUUCUGUAUUGGAGGGGACAAUGCCCUGUGUGUCGACUGCCCCCUCCAGUACAGAAGGGGUUACACUAUCGCCCUGGGGUGUAAACCAGAACCGACAGCAGCUGGUUACUUCAGAGGAGUUCUCGAGACAUGUGCCUUAUGCAGACUUUUCAGUUACCUGGAGCUCCGUAAUCUGCAUUGGUGGAAACUUUUACUGUGCCAUAACAGACUGCCAAAAAAAGCCCCCCUCCCCCCUGACAACGACUACAACCGAGAAAGAAUGCGGAAAACUGCAAAUAAGAUAACCAUAGUCAUUACAGGAGAGAUCGAGGUGGCUACUCGUUUCGCUAUUCAGUUUGUAGGUCUUGGGAAGCAUUUUUCAAGCUGGCAAAAUGAUUAAGAUGACAACGCGUUUCGCUCUCCAGAUAUGGUAGGAGACCAUUUCUAAGUCUACAAACCAAGAAUACAAGAAAAUAUGGAGAUGGCUACUCAUUUCACUCUCCAACUGUGGUAGGAGAUCAUUUCUAAGCCUACACAUUGAGAAUACAAGGAAAUAUGGAGACUGCAACGCGUUUCGCUCUCCAGAUAUGGUUGGAGACCAUUUCUAAGUCUACAAACCAAGAAUACAAGAAAUUAUGGAGACGACAAUUAUGGAGACGACGCGUUUCGCUCUCCAGAUAUGGUAGGAGGCAAUGUGUAAGUCUAGAAAUCAAGAAUACAAGAAAAUAUGGAGAUGGCAGCGCGUUUCACUCGCCGAGUGUGGUAGGAGACCAUUUCUAAGCCUACACAUUGAGAAUACAAGAAAUUAUGGAGACGAUAACGCGUUUCACUCUCUAAAUGUGGUAGGAGGCAAUGUCUAAGUCUAGUAAUCAAGAAUGCAGUGUGGUAGGAGACCAUUUCUAAGCCUACAAAUCGGGUAUACAUGGAAUUAUGGAGGCGGCAACGCAUCUCAGCCUCCAACUCAAACGGGGCAGGGAGCAUUGUCCAGUCCUGCGGGAGGCAGUAAUGCGUUUCACUUUCUAAAUCAUACGUGGUAGGAAGCAUUUUCCAAGCUUGCAGAUAAACACAUAUAUGCAUUGUGUGGCACAUGAGUAGAAUAAGGAAUACUUCUCAUCUUUCCAACCUCUCCAUCGAGCCCGAUCCCUUCCUGGCCAGUGAUGACAUCAGCACACCCAACAGUAUAACCGCACAUCAGCUUUUUAACCGUAAACAAGCACUGUGGCAGCAACCAUUACCAAUGAAAACGCCAGAGACUGUGACAGCGCCCCAAGCUGUACCUGUGGGUACUGCGCGCCCCAAGAGAAACAGAAAGAUGUCAUUUCUAGCGGCACGCCGCAGAGUGGACCGCGCACUUUUUUAUUUUUAAUUUAUUGCAAUCACUUUAUAUUUGCUGAGGAAACUUCAGUUCUCAGUGCUGAAUAACCAGGAGGCCGCGGAGCAUCUUGCAUGUGGUUCACAGCCGCCCCGCGCCGUAAGACUGUAAUAGUCCCAGGACCUAGAGAUGGGGGUGUUACUGUGCAAUUCUCAGGGCUCGUUCCCUUCUUUUAAGUGAAGGAUUUCAUGGGCAGUCUACUGAAGCACCCCCAAAAAAUAAAACCCAGCACCACCAUAAGACGCCCUCCAUGUAGUCCGGCUGGCGAGGGACGAGAAGUGCUCACCGCUUUGUGCCAUCUUAUUUUGUAACUUUUUAAGAGUAUUUUCAAUACUUGGUUCCAUUUUGCAUCGCUGGACGCUCGGCUCUUCGGUCAGUGUUCCUCUCCAGGUUUUCUAUUGCACAUCCUGCCGGUUUAGAGGGAGGUCUAGAGCCGGACGCACAGAAGAAUAAAUCAUUAGGAGAA